CGCAGCGCGCGCUAUUUUCAAGGCCCUCCUUAUAAUUAAUUUUGUGAUGGAUUCAGGAAUAACGACACACAGCUACAGACUGAGCUGAAGCUCUCCUCUCCGUCGCGCACAAAAAUAGAUGCUGUUACUUUUGUCUGGCGCUGGUGAUGAUGAGGAGCAGAGGGAGUGGCUCGCGCGCCUCCAGCACCAGUAGCGCGCGGUACUGACACUACAAAGGGUUAACACUGGAGCUGUUGUCAAGUGCACAGCCGAGAUCCAGGGGCUGUUGUAUCGAGAGGAGAGGACACUUGUGGAGCAGCUGUCUCACGAGCAGCGUCUGGCAUAAGGACACAAAGACAUGGUUAUGCGCGCGAGCUGAUGGAAAAAGUUAGCGUUGAUGUCUGAGGGUUUGGGUCAGACGAGUGGAAUUACUCUUCAUGUUUGGAGAGGAGACGCGGGACUCAGAUUCAAAUUUAUGAGAUGACACCUGAUGAUACAAAUUAAAAUAGUUAACCAAAUAUGGACACAACGGCGCGAGGGUUCGAACUCUGAUCUGAACGUGGACAAAAUUGAGGCGCGUGGACACUGUGGGGUCACCCCUGUCCUAACUCUAGUCUCCGGUCCAAAUUCUGGUCCAGAUGAUCAGCUCAGUGUGCGUGUCUUCUUACCGUGGCCGCAAGUCCGGCAACAAACCUCCAUCAAAGUCAUGUCUGAAGGAGGAGAUGAACCGCGGAGAGGACUCGGAUAAAAUCAUCAUCAACGUGGGUGGCACGCGGCACGAGACAUACAAGAGUACGCUCAGGACGCUGCCCGGCACGCGGCUGGCCUGGCUCGCUGACCCUGACCCGGCCAGCAUUGACUCGGACCAUGCGCCAGCGCCACCUACAAGCUCAGAGUUCUUUUUUGACAGACAUCCGGGCAUUUUUGCAUAUGUCUUGAACUAUUAUCGCACCGGAAAGCUGCACUGUCCUGCGGAUGUGUGCGGUCCGCUGUUCGAAGAAGAACUUGCAUUUUGGGGCAUCGACGAGACGGACGUGGAGCCAUGCUGCUGGAUGACGUACCGCCAGCACCGUGACGCAGAAGAGGCGCUAGAGAUGUUCGAACCCCCAGAGCCAGAGGAGUCCGAAGAAGACCGGGAUGUCCCCCGAAGGUUUGGUAUAGAAGACUGUCCAGACCGCUCCAGGAGCUGUGGGCGGCACUGCUGGCGCAUCUGGCAGCCUAAAAUAUGGGCCUUGUUUGAUGACCCCUACACAUCCCGGGCUGCAAGAGUGAGUGUGCACAAUAGAGCAUUACACACCUUUGCAAAACAGGUGCUUCAGGGCUGGCCCUAUCAGAGAGCUCACGUGGAAAGUUUCAGCUUGGUUUAUCCAAAUUGUCAGGUCACAAUGCUGGCGCCUAUAGAACAGCCUUAAAGGAUCAUAAGGCAAUCAAGCAUUUAGACUAUCUAAGGAAAUCAAUUUAUGGAAAUUCAAAAUCCAUUUGAAUCUAUUCCCCAUUCUUAUGGCUACCAGCAGCAAGCCACAUAAAUAUAUUUUUUUAUUGAUAUAUUGGCAUGCGUACAUUUAGUCCUUAUCAACUGUUUCUUUAAUGGCCUCUAAUGACUAUAUGGAACUACAUAUUAUAGACAGUUAAAGCUCUAUAUCAGUAAUAGCUUCAUGAAAAAUUUAUGUUAACAUUUACCCAAAAGAACUGUGCAGGAAAUAGUCCUGAAAAAUGCACUGUUAUGUACUGCAGAGCUGGUGACUGAGGCAUGGUUGUUGUUAUUGUCAUUGUUAUAUUGAAAAUAAUCAUCUAUGCCAGUCUACUCAACUGUUUUGGUUUGUAUCGACGCAUUCUUCAGUUUGGGUUUAAAUAUGCAGCAGACAAAAGUAAAAAGCUGUUUCACAAUAAAAUUACAAGUGCACCCACACAUAAUGUCCAGCAGUAGCUCUCAAAGGCCCUUAAAACUCUGCAGCCAUCAGGGACAGUAAAAGGUUGUGCUUUGGAGCUGAAGUAUGAAGUCAGCUCUGAAAUACCACUGUCUGUUUUUGUUUGUUUUUUAAAUAAACUUUUCUUAAUGUGACCAUAGGAACAGGCUAGCUUUUAUUUAAUACUUGUAUUAUAACCACAAGUUAGGGCUUAAAGAUGAAUCCCUAGUUAAAUUAAAAACAUCAUUUGUACAAACCAUGGAGAUUGCAGUUAACCUUCCUUGUGGAGGGUCUGUGACCUGCUUGUUUACAGGUCAGGUUUGUGGAAGGCGAGCCGGCUAACAGUAAGAAAGCAUGUUUUUUGUAAUUGAAUACAUGGUAGAAUUUUAAUGCCAUACUCAGAAGCAUUAACAUCUCCAUUGUCUGCCACUUGCUUAUAUCCAUAGGCAUGUUUUUCUUUUGCAUUGAAUGUUCCACAAUAAAUGUAUUCAUCUUAUUUUGUAAAACAUGCAGUCUUACCUCUCCACAAAUCUGACCUAGCUAGUGCCUAGCCCACCUACUCACCGCCAUAGAGAUAGAUAAGCCAUACUGCAAGCAAUAAAAUCUCUGUAGAGACAAGGAGGUGACGGAUCCUUCAACAGAAAAGUUACGUGGUGCACCUUUUAAAGAUUAUGUGGUGACUUUCUUAUGUCCCUUUAAUUUGAUGAAAAUGACACAGAGUGGAGUGGAUGCAGGAAUAAGAGUUGCUGUACUGUAAAACUCAAUUUGCCCUCACUAAGUUUAGGGGAGCAUAAUGUGCAGUGUCUGUAAUGUACAACAAAAGCAGUUCUAUCUGAGAGAGCAGCAGUCUGAAAAAGCUGGUGUCGGGUAUCACCGAGCACUGUGCAGGGCUUCAGGCAUUCAUUAGUGCAAAAGAAAAAAACACAUUUAGUUGAUAAAGACUGAAGAGGAGAGUCGCUCUGGUUUCUGUUUGUCUGUGAACGUGGCUGAGCACUGUAUUCAAAGAGACUCCGGUGGUAAUGUAGAGAGUGUUUAUUUAAGCUGGUCGUCCAGGUGGUGGAGCAGCUGACAUUUCUGAGUCACAGCUGCCACCAAAGACCUGCUCUAUCUGUCAGCCAUAUUUGUACUGGAUCUAGACUUUGUGUGGAAAUAGCAAAGAUGACAAUAAAAAGGCUGUAGAGGUUGCAGUCGAGUAAUGGUGGGCACUUGGGUUAACUCUUAACUAUAAGGCUAGGCUAGGCCUAUUGUUUAAUAAAGCUCCAAAAUUACACAAAAUGGAUUCUUGCGUUUUAACUAUUAACCAUAACUGUUAUAAUGCUGUUACCAUCAAAACAUACCAGGAGCUCAGUUUUGUUUUAUUCACAUAUGUUUGAUUAAUCCUUUGUUACUUGGUCAAAAUCUCAAAAAUCUCAAAAUGCUCUCUUCCACUUUGUGAUGUCAUGGAGCAGUAUUUUUCAGGUCAACAUCUAUUUGUCUACCUUUUGUUGAGCUGAGACUGGCAAUUCUAGGGCCACAUCUGUGUUUAGCCUCAAAAACAUUCCUUAGUAAAAUUCAUUAUUUGUUGAUAAAUGCUGGAUUUUGGCCUCUCAUCCAGCUGCUGCUCCACCCCUGGACCCCCCUCUGGUUUGUUUGUUGUGGCAGACCCCGUGCUGCAGUAGAUAAUGCCCCUCUAUUGUCUCCUAAUGCAUGAUUUCAUUAAUUUGUGAACCCCCUGUAAUUAAUCACUGCUGUGGUAAUGGGCUUCAACCUGUUAUCAGCCACGACCAAUUAAAACCUCUGUCUCCCCCACAGAUGAGCAGGCUCUACCUCUGUGAAUCAAUGUGUCUUUGUUAUAACUUCACAAGGAAGUGGAGGUGUGAGAAUGUUCAGGACUAUAUUUAUUCAGACCUAUCUU